GUUACAAGUGCAGCUGCUUCAGGCUGAGGUGGCAGAUGGUGGUGAAGGCGAAGUCGCAGCCAGAGCCUGACGAUGAAUGGGCCGGCGGGACUUUCGCAUCUGGGCCGUCGAGAGCGAGUUCUCAAGUUAGGCCAGAGUUUUGAGAAGCAGCCGCGCUGCGCCUUCCACACGGUGCGCUAUGAUUUCAAACCUGCUUCUAUUGACACUUCUUGUGAAGGAGAUCUUGAGGUUGGCAAAGGUGAACAGGUGACUAUAACUCUGCCAAACAUAGAAGGUUCAACUCCACCAGUAACUGUUUUCAAAGGCUCAAAGAGACCUUAUUUAAAAGAAUGCAUUUUGAUUAUUAAUCAUGAUACUGGAGAAUGUCGGCUAGAAAAACUCAGCAGCAACAUCACUGUAAAAAAAACAAGAGGUGAAGGAAGCAGUAAAAUUCAGUAUCGUAUAGAGCAGCAGCAGCAGCAAAUGUGGAAUUCAACUCGAACUCCAAAUUUUGUAAAGCAUUCUCCCUCUGAGGACAAGAUGUCCUCACCAUCUCUAAUGGAUGACAUUGAAAGAGAACUUAAAGCAGAAGCUAGUGUAAUGGACCAGAUGAGUAGUUGUGAUAGUUCAUCAGAUUCCAAAAGUUCCACAUCUUCAAGUAGUGAAGAUAGUUCUAGUGAUUCUGAAGACGAAGAGGACAGAUCUUCUUCUAAUGCAGGGAAUUAUAUCUCAGAGCAUCCUACCAUGUCUACCAUACCUCAAUACAGGACUUCUGAUAUAGAUGCUAGUCAUAAUACAUUUUAUGACAACAAUGGCCUUCUGAUGAAUACUUUGCGAAAUGAUUUGCAGCUGAGUGAAUCAGGAAGUGACAGUGAUGACUGAAGCAAUAUUUAGCUGUAAAUAGAAUGUUUAGAAAUCAUGUGAUCAUUUAUUUUGCAUUAAGAAUAAAAAUUGACGGGAAGUUAUGUAACUUUUGACGAUAAAAGACAUUAAAUUUGAUUCAGUUUCUAACUUUUU